AUGUUGUCGAGAUCUGUCAGAAGCAGUAUGCGCCGUGUGUCUAUGGCCAAAUCUACCGCCAGAGUUGCUGCUCCAGCCAUGGCCCCAGUGGUCAGAAGCCUCCACGUGAGACCAGCUCCAUUGAUCACCUCUUACAAAGGGUUGACGAAUUUGACAUUCCAGCGUUUCGGUUCUACCGCCGUCAAGGUUCCAGACAUGGCUGAGUCCAUCACCGAGGGUACUUUGUCUGCCUUCAACAAGGAGGUUGGUGAUUACGUUGAGGUGGAUGAGCUUGUUGCUACCAUUGAGACCGACAAGAUCGAUGUCGAGGUCAACGCUCCUGUGGCUGGUACCAUCACCGAGUUUUUGGUGAAUGUUGAGGACACUGUCGAGGUUGGCCAGGAGAUCAUCAAGAUCGAGGAAGGUGCCGCUCCAGAGGGUGGUGCCAAGAAGGAGGAGAAGAAGGACGAGCCAAAGGAAGAGAAGAAGGACGAGUCUAAGGAGGAGAAGAAGGAGGAGCCAAAGAAGGAAGUCAAGAAGGAGGAGCCAAAGAAGGAAGAGCCAAAGAAGGAAGUCAAGAAGGAGUCCAGCUCGGAGUCCAGCUCGCAGUCUUUCACUGCUUUCUCCAGAAAGGAGGAGAGAGUCAAGAUGAACAGAAUGAGAUUGAGAAUUGCUGAGCGUCUUAAGGAGUCCCAAAACACCGCCGCCUCAUUGACCACUUUCAACGAGGUUGACAUGUCCAACUUGAUGGAGAUGAGAAAGCUCUACAAGGACGAGGUGUUGGAGAAGACCGGCAUCAAGUUUGGUUUCAUGGGUGCAUUCUCCAAGGCUUCUGCUUUGGCUUCUAAGGAGAUUCCUGCUGUCAACGCUUCCAUCGAGAACGGUGACACCAUGGUCUUCAGAGACUACAUGGAUAUUUCCAUUGCCGUGUCCACUCCAAAGGGAUUGGUGACUCCAGUGGUCAGAAACGCCGAAUCACUUUCCAUCUUGGAUGUUGAGCAGGAGAUCGCUAGAUUGGGUAAGAAGGCCAGAGAUGGUAAGAUGUCUUUGGAGGACAUGGCGGGUGGAACCUUCACCAUCUCCAAUGGUGGUGUUUUUGGCUCUUUGUACGGUACUCCAAUUAUCAACUUGCCUCAGACUGCUGUUUUGGGCUUGCACGGUGUCAAGCAGAGACCAGUGACUGUCAACGGUCAGAUUGUGUCUAGACCUAUGAUGUACAUUGCAUUGACCUACGACCACAGAGUUUUGGACGGCCGUGAGGCUGUGACGUUCUUGAAGACCAUCAAGGAGUUGAUUGAGGACCCAAGAAAGAUGUUGUUGCUCCAGUAG